GGUUUAUUAUUGUUCAUUUUGUUAAGUUGAAGUAAUGUCUAAUAAUAAGUAUUCUUUUAAGAAUAGGUUCAAACAACAGCAACUUUACCAUAUAUAUUCUAAACACGGCGCAUAUUUUGUUUUUUUGUUCUUUUCAUUCUUUCUUUGCUAUGUAUUCCAUUUGGGAUUAUCAUUAUAG